GGAGCUUCGAGCCCACCACAAGCCCUGGCCACUGGGCACGGCCAAAAUCUCGCGAAGCAAUAAGAGCUCACUCUUAGUCGUAACAUUGCGUCGGAUGCCGCGUAGCCGAAUAAAUAUGGGUUUUUUAAAUGUUUUACUAUUAGCGCACGUCUUGGUAUACUUCUGCUCUGGACAGCCACCUCUGACACGGACGCCGAGCCCAGGCCAGGGUCCUGUGGGCAUCCGGGGGCCUCCAGGGCCCCCGGGAUCUCCUGGUCGUGAUGGAAACGAUGGUCUGAGAGGACUUCCUGGGGCACCUGGACAAACUGGAGAGAAAGGAAACCCUGGCCCCUCGGGAGUCGUGGGAAAACCUGGCCCCCCCGGCAUUCCCGGUAGCGACGGAAUUGUAGGUCCUUCUGGUGACAUUGGACCUUCAGGGAACCUGGGACAAAAGGGAAACCAAGGACCGCCGGGUCCCCCCGGGCCAUCGGGACAACUACUGGCCGGUCCCGCGGGCAUCCCAGGGAAAAAAGGAAUCUUAGGAGGAGUUGGUCUUCCUGGAGCUCCCGGUAACAGUGGGCCUACAGGCCUGCCCGGACCACCAGGGCCACCAGGCCUGGAGGGUCUUCCUGGAAUCAUGAGUGCAGAUGGCAAUGCAGAGAUUGAGUGCGUAGCUUCGUGUCACCCUUCACUGCCGGGUCCAGGUGGCGUCAUGGGCCCCAAGGGUAAUAAAGGUGAAAGGGGAGAGUUGGGCGUGCCUGGCAAGCAAGGUCACAAGGGAGAAGAAGGACUGCAGGGAGAAACGGGCCCACCUGGGGACUCGGGCAGCCAGGGGCUUCCUGGCCUUCAAGGAGUGACUGGUAUGGUGGGCGCUAAAGGCGACACAGGUCUUCGAGGAAAGGAUGGAAAACAAGGUGUCGUGGGCAUCGCUGGACCUUCGGGUGAUGCAGGGCCCAGGGGUAUCACUGGAAAGCCUGGAAUUAAAGGAGACACAGGUCUACCCGGUCCUCGGGGAAAGUUCGGGUAUCCAGGACCAAAAGGAGACCUGGGCCUUGGAGGGGUCAAUGGCCGUGAUGGGAUUGCAGGACUCCCCGGCAAAAAGGGUGACCCAGGGAAGCCAGGAAGCGUUGGAGAGGUUGGGAUCCCGGGCGUUCCGGGCUCACCCGGCUCUUCUGGAGCAAAAGGGGAACAAGGCGGAAAGGGCGAUCAAGGAAUAUCAGGAGCUCUGGGGCCAGCUGGCCCACAAGGGAAAUCGGGGGACAAAGGACCUCCCGGAAAAGGUGGACUUAUGGGAUCAGAUGGACCACCGGGUGUUGCAGGGAAGCGUGGUAUGAGAGGUCAUAUCGGAGUACAUGGAAUAGUGGGUUCAAAAGGUAAUCCUGGCUUCCAAGGUCUUCCCGGGACAUCAGGACUGCCUGGAAUUAAAGGAGAAAAGGGCUUAACGGGAAUAGUUGGAGAAAAGGGAGCCGCUGGUAUUCCAGGGAUUGAUGGUUAUGAAGGAAUCAACGGUGAUGUGGGGCCUCAAGGUGAAUCAGGCCCCAAAGGAGAUACGGGACCUGCGGGAAAAACCGGGGACCGCGGCGGCGAGGGCCCCCGUGGAGAAGUGGGCAAGGAGGGGGCCUUGGGGCUCCCGGGCCCGCUGGGCCAGCAGGGCGAGACGGGGCUGCCGGGGAGCACGGGGAAGGAGGGCGAGCCUGGAAAGGAGGCAACAAAUGAACACAUACAGGACGUGUGCAUGAGGGUGAUGCAAGAACAACUUGCCCAGCUGGCUUCUGGCAUACCUCGCCGUGAUCCCGGAGCCAUGGGGGUUAUGGGCCCUCCUGGGCUACCGGGGCCCCAAGGACUACCAGGCCCCAAUGGUGUCAUGGGUCACGAAGGUAUCCGUGGCCUGCCCGGGCUUGAGGGCUCUCAGGGCCCCAUUGGAAACAAAGGAGCCAGAGGAAUUCAUGGAGAAAAGGGAAACCAAGGUGAUGAAGGUUAUGGGCCGAAAGGUCUCCUUGGAAAUAUCGGACUACCAGGCAGAGAAGGCUCUCCCAGCUAUGGCCGCGAUGGUUUGGAUGGCCCCAAGGGCCUCCCUGGACCCUCCGGCCGACAGGGACGACCUGGUUCUCCAGGACCUCCAGGAUCUCCAGGCUACUGUGACCCAGCCUGCCAUGGACCCAUUGCUUUCCAAGGGCCGGCUUCUGAUGUGAAAGGACCAUGAGUAAAACAAAUAAUAAUAAUAAUGAUGAUGAUACAAUCUUUGACAGCAGUUAUACAUCGUUUAAAUGAUCAACAUAAUGAAUGUGGUACUUCAAUUUUUACAUUUGUGGAACAUUUUUUGUGAGUAAAUGAAAGCCAGAAAAUAGUUGUUGUAACUUUGCUCCUAAAGUGACAAUUCAAAAACAACUGUGUAUUAUUUUGUUUGUAUUGUAUGUCGUUAGAAUGCCCAUUCUUGCUCUGUGGCAUAAAAAGAAAUACAUUUUCUGGAAUAAAAGCGGCUAUAUUGCAACUGCCCAUACUACUUGAAGGUGCAUAAUAAAAGUGGAAAUGGAGCAAGUGCUGGUAUUUCGUUCAGGGUGUCUAUAAUUUUUGGUUAAGUUUGGAAAGAUCGAUUAAUUUGCAGGAGAGUACAAUAAUAGCGAGGCCAAGUUUGUAACCAUAUUGAAAAGUUGACUUUUUAUCAUUUACAUAAACCAAAAACCUCACCUGUGUGGUGAGGUCCUGGCAAGUGAAAGAUGGUGGCAUCCACAAGCCUUAGGAUUCCACUUGGAAAGUGCACUUUUCUCAAUAAUACUUCAAACCUGUUGUUUGGGCUAGAAGGCCCAAUGCAUGCAACCUCGGUGCCUGUACAGCUUAUGGUGUGGAGCAGUCAAUAGCAAAACAAGGAAAAUGACUUUUAAUAAAUGAAUCAUCAUUCAUAAGACUAUUCUGAAAAGCAAGUCAUGUUUUCGUAUUUUGUGAUGUGUUUAUUUUGACUUCUCUGUUAAAUCACGACACCAAAUGUUUUUUUGUAAAUGACUUUCAAGAUUAUGGGGACCUCAUUUGCCAGUAAAAAUAUGAUAAUUGGUUCUUUACCCUUCUAUCUGGCAACAAAAAAGGUGUCAGUUUUGUUGCCAGAUAGAAGGGUAAAGAACCAAUUAUCAGACUUUCAAGAUGUGAUGCUAUAAAUUGUAUUUUCACCUGGAUUACCUUCUGUUUUUUUUGUCAGCAGCUUCUCAGUGUUAACUGAAUUAUCUUGGCUGUGUUCUCCCAUGUUACAAAUCUUAAGGCUAAAAAUAUCCGGACACCCUGCAUCUGUUAAACUAUACCACAGAUUUAGCAAUUCACCAUUUAAAAUUGCCACCAAACGUGCAUUCACGCAUUGAAGACUCACAUUCAUUCACAAUCACCCCCGUUUAAAAACUUUGCAAGCAUUUACAAUAAUUCAAUUACAAUUAAUACCUUCAGGAAAACAAAAAAUGUUAAAUUCAGUACAAAACAAGUGUUGUGUCUGUUGUAUUGACAACCAUCGCAGAACAUGGCUUGAAUACCACUAUCUUUUGGGAAAAUUCCAAAACAGGUCACUCAUUUAUAUUGUAACUGCUAAAUGCUAUGUAAGAUCAAACGAGAAUAUUUGUCUUUAGAUGGUGUAUUUCUGUACGUAAAAAAAUACAGCAAACAACACGACACUUUACCAUCCACUGUAAUUAUAAUAUUGUACAAAGAACUUAAUGUUGUUAUCAGCUGACUUGAAGUGUAUUGUGUUAUUUUUAAGCUUUUCUGAAUCAUUACUAUCUUAGACAUUGCAUUUCCUGUUCCGGAUAUCAGUUGUUCUGAUUAAUGCUUGAUGAGGUUUAUACUCGUUACAAAUCUGUCAUGGCAAGAGUGCUCAUGUAAUUGCACCGAGUCGUAACAACAUGAGCACUGAUUGGCUGUUCUAGCAAGGAUAUUACAAGUUGGCAAUAAACAAUACAGAAUUACGUUAUAAAUAAUGUCUGCAAAACUUAACCUGAUUUGUUGAGCCGAGUUUUAUUUUGACAUAGGGUACACUUUGGUUGAUACGUUUUUUUGGUAAUGUAAAAUAAGUUUCAUUUAAUCGGAUUUUACACGUCUAAAAAAUAAAUGCAUUGUAGUUUGAUGAAAAUAAUGAUCGUUGUCUGCAUUGUGUGCAUGAUUUUCAUGGCUGGAUACAAACACCAUGCAAAAAUAUAGUAUUCGUUUAUGGCAUUAUCUAUGAAUGCAUAAUGUUUGGAGAAAUGUCAAGAAGUAAACAAACGCAUUGCUUUUGAAACGAAUCUACUUUUAUUUUUAGUGCAGCAAUAAUUUACAUUGCUCUUCACUUUGUCUCAUUUAUGGAGGGUUAGCUAUUAUAAUUCGUUGAGAACCCAAUGAAAUAAUUGCUCAUGAGCGUUAACCAUUUUUGGACUUGCGCAAGUGAUUGAUCUGUGUGUGACAGGCCCUGAAUUGCAUUACAUUUAACAUAAUUUAUGGGUUAAAUGUAUGCAUUACGCUCCUCACUGUUUUGUUUAUAUCUUGGAGGGUGUGUAGUGUAUUUAUAUUAAAUGUAUUGAAGCGUCACAUCUCAUUGAUUCACCUGUGAACUGCAGCAAAGCCUCAGUGUGAUGUCGCGUUACUGCAGGUGUUAAACCUGAUUCACUUUAAGGUAAACAUCGAUACGAUUGCGCUAAUACAUACAUUAUUUUGUGAUACUCCAUUGACAGUGGUGCACAAGCACAAAUAUUUUUAGA